AUGACUGCACAAGACCACAGUGUAGAAGGCCACUACAAUGUGGAACCAGCUUCCGGCACCUGUGUAGAGACACAGGCUGUGCCGAAGGAUGAACAACACGAUGAUGCGAGAUCCACUAUCAGAGAGUCGGUCGUAGAGCAAGUCCUAUCGACUGAAAGAGAGUCGACCGAAGAGGACGUGACUGUGGUAGUACACACACAGUCAGUACAUGUAUUGGAAGAAAGCUCCAGCGUUCCUGAGAGUGACAACUCCCAGGAGAGUUAUGUUGAGGGUGUCUUUCAAGAACCACCUGCGGAUGUGUUUUCCCAAGAAAUCACCGAGACGGUGAAUGUCUUGGUGAAUGACGGAUCAAGUGUAGGCGCUUAUACACUUGAUCUGGUUACACCUCUGGAUUUAGCUUCGGAGGUAGUCAAGUUGCCAGCGCUAGAAUCUAAAAGGUUCUUGCGAGAUCUGCGUAGUGACAAGAUCAAGCAGAUCUGCGAACUCGUCACGGAAGACGAGUAUGUCGCCGAUGUUCGGUCGGCACAAGUUUUGCUGAGAACGAAUGGGUAA